UCUUUUCUUUCAGUUAACUCUGGCAACCAGCCAUGUUGGGUAGUGUCGGCGAAAUUAGUGUUUUGACGUAAAAUAAAAACUCGACUUUUUCGCCAUUUAGUGUCUGUGGUGUACAGUGUUUAUUUUUUUUAUUAAUUUUGGAUUACCCGCACCAUGGCCGCCGAUAUGGACAAAGGGAAUUGGGGCACAGAACUCUGGGAUCAAUACGAUAACUUGUCCAUACACACGCUAAAAGGAAUCGAGUUUCUAGAAAAAUACGGACAUUUUGUGAAGGACAGGGCGACGAUAGAAUCAGAAUAUGCAUACAAAUUAAGGAGACUGGUGAAGAGUUACCAGCCGAAGAAGAAGGACGAAGAUGAUUAUCAAUUCACAUCGUGUAAAGCAUUCAAAACCCUUAUGAACGAGAUCAACGAUCUGGCGGGACAACACGAGGUCGUCGCUGAGGAUCUACAAGAAAAUGUGAUAAAAGAACUGACCGCCUUAGCAAAAGAUUUACGAGAAGAAAGAAAGAAACAGUUACAAGAAGGUCAGAGGUUGUCACAGGCACUCCAAGCGCAAAUAGAAAUGUUACAAAGGGCGAAGAAGGCAUACGAUAAGGCGUUCAAGGAAGCGGAAAAGGCGAUAGAGGGUUUUCAGAAGGCCGACGCGGAUUUUAACUUGUCUAGGGCAGAGGUGGAAAAACACCGUGCUACGAUGGCGCAUAAAACGCAAGCUUGCGACCAAGCCAAAAACGAGUAUGCAGUUCAGUUACAAGAGACCAAUCGGCUUCAACGGCAACACUUCCGGUCCGGUCUACCGGAAGUCUUCAGACAGUUACAGGAACUAGACGAGAAACGUAUCAAAAACAUCAAAAAUUUCAUCAAAGGCAGUGUGACGAUCGAGCGGAAUGUUUUCCCCAUUAUUAACAAAUGUUUGGAUGGGAUUUUGAAGGCGGCCGACGUAAUUAACGAAAAAGAGGAUACCAUGUUGGUCAUAGAGAAGUACAAAUCGGGCUUUCAACCGCCCGAUGACUUUCCGUUUGAGGAUUUGUCGAAGGGCGGCAGCGAUUCCGGUAGUGCCAAUAACAUAAACAAUAUACAGGUCGGCGGGAAGUUAAAAGAUGGCGGGUAUACGGUUAAAGGGACGAUUACUGGGAAGGCGGCCAAGAGGCGGGCGAAUAUUUUUAAUAUUUUUGGAAGUAGAGGGAAGCUUACCGAAGUCUGUAUGGCAAUCAAGAAUGCCGCCAUUGCCGAUGGAAAGGAGGACCUAAGCGAACUGCCGCCCAACCAGAGACGGAAAAAGAUAAUGCAGAAACUUGAAGAACUAAAAACAAAAGUGGGUCAAGAGACGGGGGCCAGAGACGGACUUAUGAAAAUGAAAACCGUCUACGAGGCCAACCCUGCCUUGGGAGACCCCAGGACAAUAGAAACCCAACUAAAUGAAUGUAGUCAUAGGUUAGAAAAAUUGCAACAGGACGUCGUGAGAUACCAGGGAUAUCUUGACGAAGUCAUUAAAGGUAUUCAGUCAGGUAAUCAAACGAAUUCGGUAACAGGUAGCCCCAGGUUACUAAAUGGUAGUACUCGAAGUCAUAGAAACAGUGGAGGUAGUGCGGCAGAGGAAGAUAGUCUCAGUAGGUCUGCCAGUGAUAGUAGCGUAACGAAUCCCACAAUGAAUCACAAUAAAAGAAGUACGCCACAGUUAAACGAUGGUUGUUCAAACAGUCCCGAGAGCGGCCUGGGUACGUCGCACACGUCCCUGCACCACGCGGAUUCCGACCAGGAUCACGAUCAGGACGCCGACCAUUACGAUGGAAAUCAUCACGCUGAUCCAGACAAUGAGUUUUACGAGGCCGAACUACCACAAGCGAUCGGGAUUUGUAAGGCGCUAUAUCCGUUUGAAGCUACUAGCGAGGGUAGUAUACCAAUGGCACAGGACGAAGAAUUACACUUAAUAGAACUGGAUCAGGGCGACGGCUGGACCCGCGUCAGACGAAUAAACGGCGAAUACGAAGAAGGUUUCGUGCCCACGUCGUAUAUAGAGACUUCCUUGUUUAAUACCUAAAAUUCGGUGCUAGCACCAUCAGGGUCUAAUAGGUAUACCGUAAUUAAGUGUUGGAGGAGAGGAGUACUGAACCACUGGAACGAUUUUAGUGUUUUUGUCUCAACUGGUAUAAGGCGUUUUGUGAGAGACUUAUUCUAUAAGCUAUAGCUUCUGUUGCAAUAUUAGUGAAAUGUUUUUUGUAAGAAAUACAUAGUUUUAUGGGCAAACAACGGAACGAUGAGAUGGGCCCACGCAAACCUCGCUUGGGUAAAAGGUAUUAUAUAAAAUAGAUAUUUAUUAUAUUGGUUUUUUUUUGUUAAAAGCAUAUCGACACAUGUUUAUUUUGUUAUUUAAUGUUAUAAAGGUGCGAAAUUUAUGUUGCAGAGAGUAAUUUGGGUUUAUUAAAUCAUUCCUCGUCUUAAUUCAUAUUUAUGAACAGUUUCAGACACUAAUGAUCAAAAUUAUGAUAUUUUCUUUUGAUUUAGUAAAGGGGGCAGUAGUGUUCCUUUCGCUUAGCACAAUUGAUCAUAAUGGUAAAAAAUAUACAGUUUGCGCAAAUAUCUUCUUCUGGAGAUCUAAGAAAAAAUUAGGUAACUAAAUAUUCAAAGUGUUUCUGAAAAACAUACUUACAAAAGUUAUAUACUAAUUAAUAUCAGGAUACGAGGGUUGCUAUUUAUAUUUCCGGCCUAAUAAUGAAAACACAAAUAUUUAUAAUCAAAAUUAAUUUUAUUGUUUUUUCAAAAUAUUCUCAUUAAGUGCUUUUUCCACUCCGAUUGAGGUAACUCCAAAACGUGCGUUUUGAAUCCAUCAACCGCUUUUUCGGUCGUCGAAAAUCGUCGAGCACGUAAUUAAGUUUUGAUAUGAGGGAACAUCAAAAAGUCAUUAGAUGCCAAAUCAGCACUGUACGGCGGAGCACCCAUCAAUUCGAUGAUUUGGCCAGUCAAAAAUUCCUUUGAGAGCUCGCAUUGUCAUGAUGAAAAAUGAUUCGCCUCUUCUUCUGCUUUUUCUGAAUUUCUCCGAUCACUGAAGAAGUGGUCAUUCAGAAUUGACGGUCCUACGUUUUUCUAAGGCUACUGUGAUGUGCUUCUUCCGCGAACAACUUUUGUUGGAUUUGGCUUAUUUUGGAAAUCCAUACAGUCGAUUGUUGUUUUGUUUCAGGCUCAUAUGCAUAGAGUCAUGAUUUGUCACCUAUGUAGACGUUAUACACGGCCUCUGGUGGCUCUGAACGUAUUUUCUAAACAUUUCCUUGCACCAAUCAACACGAGCUUGCAUUUGAGCGAUUAUCAGGUUAUGCGGGAUACAGCGUGAACAAGUUUUUUUUACGGAUAAAUGUUCAUGCAGCAUCUUAUUGAUGCUUGUCAUACUAAUGCCCAAAUAUGCAUCAAUCUUACGGUAUGUCAUAUAACGAUCUUGUUUUAUCAGUUCACGCACAGCAGUGAUAUUUUCCAGGACUAAAACCGAUUUUGGACGACUUUCACGAAAUGCGUCCUAAAGCGAACGUCGGACGUGAUUAAACUCGUUAUACCAGUUUUUUACACUCCUGUAAGAUCGUGCUUUCUGGCUGUAUAAAGAAUUCAGUUCGUCGAUACGCUCUAGUCUUGAUAAUCCACGUCGAAAGUUGUAAAAAAUAUUUCACAAGUUCUCGGGCGGGCAAAAAAUUCCAUUUUUUGGCCGAGAUUAAUUUUUCAAGUCACUGUACUCAUAUGACAACAUAUUCUAAAGAAGGUUAUGUUCAACAAUGUCAAGUUCCAAUGAAAACAUCCGUUGGCGCCUGGCAACAUUCACCAGAAAUAUAAAUAGCAACCCUUGUACCAGGAUACUGGUUAAUUAAUUUAUUUAGUUCUGUAGUUUAAGCAAGACCUCAAUUUUUUGAUAUUUGCAUACACUGUAUGUCAAUUUUUGGGGCAUCUUAAUUAAAACCAUACAUAUGAAAUUCUUGAGAAAAAUUAUGAAGUUUUUAGUUAUGUUUUAACCGAUUUUAAAGGCACUUAUUUUAAUUAAAAUGCCCUUUUCAAAAUGCUUCAAUGUUGCAUUUAGAGACCAUAUUUUAAAUCUAUAGGGUGUGUACAUAUUUUCGUUUUCUUUAGAAACAAUAGUAGAUAGUGAUCAUGCGGGCAUAACGACAGUCUUGAAACUUGACAUUUUCAGUUUGGUAACCAUAGAAUAUGCGGAAAUGCUCUCUGACUUAUCUAAAAAUCAUUAUGACCGCAUCUCAACUGUCAUUUUAGUUAAUUUUCCGUCCCUUCUUUUUAAGUUUCAAACAGUUUCUUUUACACCCUGUAGGUUUUAUUACUGUAAAUAUAUGCUCAGUAAUGUAAUAAUUUAAACUAUUAUAUAGGUGUCAAUUUUUUUAAACACUUCUUGUAAUAUAACUUUAGUAGUUUAAUACCUACAAUAUAUAUUUUAUAGAUUUUUUAUAUUAUCAAUCAUUUGUAUGUAUUUAUUAUUUGCCAUUAAUCGGUAAUAUUGUUGCUUUAAAAAAAUGAGAACUGUGGAAUUGCCGCUCGUUGACCUUUAAGGGUCGCUUAACAUUCUGCCAUCGUCAUAUCAUCGCUAUUUUUUCGCUUGCAUAUCAUCACAUUUCAUGCUCACCGAGGGUAAACUUCCGAAAGUAAAUCUUAUUAAUCAAAAAAAUGUUUUAGUUUUAGGUUUAAAAAUUCCAUUUUUAUAUAUUUUUUGAAGACGAGUUUUGUCCUUGAAAGUUUUGGGAUCAGAAGCAGAUCUCGCGCUCCAAUUUUUCGAGUUAUCUGUGUUUGUAUAUGACUGAACUUGUAUAAAAUAUAGCAUAUUAUGUAAAAAUAA